AUGUCUAUCACAGCCAACGGCCUCAGCGUCUUGUACAGCCCCGCGGAGGCAGAUACACUUGCGGAUUUUGUCGAUGAAAGCAUCGUCUUCGUCCACGGACUUCAAGGGCAUCCGAGAAACACAUGGACGGCACGCCCUUCGCAUAAUGAAUUAACAUCCAAGAAAAAUUCACGGAGACCGGGAUUUCUGAGAUGGCUGAUAGCGAAAGACUCACGCCGCCAGUCAACGAACGACGGUCGAUCAGACGAUAGCGUCAGUUCCCAAGGCGACGCCGUCUUUUGGCCCCUUGACCUGCUGCCGGAAGAUUGUCCAGAUUGUCGGGUCCUGACGUUUGGAUAUGACUCUCUGGUAACGAAGUUCUUUGCCGGACCGGCAAACCAGAACAGUAUCCAUGGACAUUCUAAGAACCUUUUAUACGCACUUGGACGAAGUAGACGUGGUUGUGUGCUUCGUAGGGCGGCAAUCGACGAAGAUGCGGAUCUGCUGGACAUCCGAAAUGCCACAAAAGCGUUCAUCUUUCUGGGGACGCCUCAUCGCGGCAGCAGCAUGGCGCCCUGGGGUGAAACUGUUAGAAAAAUAGUUGCCAUCAGUGGGUUUAAUACAAAUGACAAAAAUAUACGUGCUUUACAUAUCGAUAGCACCGAACUUGAAGUUUCUAGGGAGGACUUCAUCCGACAGUGGCGUCGGGAAAAUUUUAUUGUUCGAACGUUCCAGGAGAGCCUUGUCAUGGACGUAUCGUCGUCGUUAGAUGACCCAAGAGAGCAUGCCGAACAUAUAAACGCAAACCAUCGUGAGAUGUGUCGCUUCACUGGGAAAGACGAUCCUGGAUAUCGACAGGUAGGAGGUGAACUCUGCAAGAUUGUGGACACUCUUCGUCAUGAACGCCAGGAAGAAGUCGAAGAGAGGCUAUCGUCUGAAGAACUCGAAUGUUUACGUUCUUUGUGUGUCCCUGAAGUCGACAUGUGGGAACACAAAACUAAUCCGGACGUGCAAACAAGUUGCACCUGGCUCUUUAACCUUCAAGAAUAUCGCUCUUGGAAGGAUUUAUCUGACCUUCAGACAAAGACUACUCUUCUUCGAGUGAAAGGGAAACUAGGAACUGGAAAAUCGACAUCAAUAAAGGUUGCCCUUUCAAAACUGUGGAGUGAAGAUGGAAAUAUCCCAGACAUCAAGUUGGCCUUUUUCUUUAAUAAUCGCGGAACCCCUCUUGAGAAAUCACAACUAGGACUUUUCAGGUCGUUGUUGUUUCAACUCUUUCGGCAAUCAAAGCAGAUACUCAAGCGGUUUAUGCCCAACUUUCGUCAGAAGGCGGACUUUUACAAUCACGAGUGGACCUGGAACCAGGAGGAGCUGAAAGAUUUUUUCAUGUCCGUUAUGACAGAAUUGUCACCGUCAUCUGCAUAUAUAUUUAUCGAUGCCCUCCACGAGUGCGAAGAAUCUCGAGAUAUCAUUACAUUUUUUGAAUCCCUCCGCGCCACCGCCCUUCAAAAAAGAGUUUCUCUUAGGAUAUGUUAUUCUAGCCGGCACUAUCCUCCCAUCCAAGUGGGGAACUACGUUGAACUCCAUAUUGAUGCACAUAACAGCGAUGAUAUCGAAAAUUAUAUUGAAAGGAAAUUGGAGCCAAUGUUCCGACGACGACAUAUUGACAAACUCAAGUCCUAUAUCAUCGAGAAAGCUCAGGGGGUAUUUCUGUGGGUUGUUCUGAUUAUUAAUAAAAUAAUCAAGGCCAACGACAACGGCGAGUCAAUGAAGAAAAUGCAGCAAAUGGUAGAGGUUGUUCCUGAUAAGCUAGAAGCACUCUAUAAAGAAACGCUGGAAAGUGUCAAAGUAGACCACCCCGUCGAAACGCUGCUGGUACUACAGUGGACGCUUUGUGCUUCUCGACCGAUCACCCUGCUUGAGCUACGUUAUGCGCUCGCAUUCCAGAAUUGCGGGUAUAAAUCCCAGGCUGAAGCAGAAAAUUGUUUGUCCUUUAUUGAAAGCGACCAGCAAAUGGAUUUACUUCAUAGAUCCCGCACUGGCAAUUUAACGGAAACAAGAACACAAAAGGCAGUCAAAACAGCGUAUGCUCGACAAAUUUUCGACCUAGAUAAUCAGGAGACUGUUCACUUUGUACAUGACUCGGUUAGGAGUUUCCUCUUAAAGCACGGAGGCCUCCAAUUGUUUGACUCUAGUGCAACAGAAGAGGCUCUUUGCCAUGGCCACCACCAACUUGCUGAGGCGUGCAUUAACUACCUAAACGCUACCGAGCUGCGCCGUUUUGCUGAAUCACAUUCUGAAGCAGACACCCUUGGCUUAACCAAAUCGGUUGAGCUUUUCAAGAAAAUUUGCUGGCUUUUCCCCUUUCUCCAUUACUCGAUUCACUCUGUUUUUGAGCAUAUCGUGGCAGCCAGGACCUAUCAAUCGGACGAAAAGGGUCGUCCGUCGUAUUUAUACCAGCGCAUGAAAGAGGUUUUCCCAGUUUGGAGAUAUUUUUCUGAUCUUGAUAACAAAAGUUGUUUCCAUGAGCUUCAUGACCCAAGCGCGACUCUAACCCAUUUAGCGGUGGAAUAUAAUCUAAUAGAUUGGGUAAAGGAUUAUAUUUCAAAUGGUGGCGAUGUCAACUUAGAAGGUGGCCGAUUCGGUACAUUUCUACAGGCGGCUGCGGGUAUGGGACAUGAGGAGAUGGUGGACCUUCUUCUAGACCAUGGUGCAGAUAUUCAUAUAUGCUCGGGGAGGUUGGGAUCAGCCCUCAGCGCUGCAACCUCAGAAGGAAAUUUAUCCAUUGUGAAAACCCUCAUCCAGCGAGGUUCCAAUGUAAAUGAGGAAUGUGGGGAGUAUGGGUGCGCCCUACAAGCCGCUGUUUGUUCGCCAAAUGGAAGCAGAGAGCUCACCCGCACUCUUCUUGACGCGGGCGCAGACAUCCAUAUGCAAAACGGGACCUUUGGCACAGUUCUCCAGGCGGCUGCUCGGAAAGGCGAUGAAGAAACUGUUCAAAUCCUUCUUGCAUGCGGUGCAGACAUUAACAUCCGACAUGGGAAGUAUGGGACUGCUCUAGGAGCAGCCGCUGCUAAGGGCUACGAGAAAAUUGUGCAAGUUUUCCUUGAGCUAGGAGCCGACCCUGCCGCUGAUGCUGGCGACUAUGGAAAUUCCAUAUGGGCUGCGGCUUAUAAUGGACGAAAAAAUGUUCUACGACAAAUUCUCAGACACCAUUGGCCAUCAUGGGGACAGGAAAUGGUAGAGAGCAAGGCGCAGGAUAUAUUGAGCGAGGCUAGUCGCACCAAAGCGUUUCACGAGGCAGUAGAGAACGGAGAUCUCGACUUAGCCAAAAAAUUUAUAGAGGAUGGUAUUGACCCAAAUUCGAUGGGAGGGGCAUAUAGCUCUGCAUUACAUACUGCAGUUAUAUACGGACAUGUCGACAUUGUGGACCUCCUUCUUGCCCAAGAGCGGAUCAAGGUCGACGUUAGCGAUUUCGAAGGUCGCACACCACUUUGGCGUGCAGCAAGUGAUGGGCACCUAGAAAUUGCGAAGAAACUCCUUGCCACUGGCCAAGUCGACGGUCAGCACAAGUCUAACUCAAAGCGCAAUCUUUUGUGGUAUGCUGCAUACGAUGGCCGAAUGGACAUGAUCCGCCUGAUGCUAGAGGCUGGUGCAGAUCCGUACGAGGCAGAUAUGUAUGGCCAAACACCAAUCAUGGCAGCAGAGGAAGGUGGCCAGAAAGAAGCCGUUUUAUUUCUUCAGGGGAAUGUGAAGAAAUAG